AUGACUAGUGACAAGAAAGUCCUGAACUUACAUUCCGAUCCCGAUUCGAGCCAUAUGUUGCUCAAGGAUAUCACCACAAAGGGUGCAGAACUGCUGAUCUCGUCUUCACGACGCCAAGGAACAAUUCCCCAUUGGAAGAACUUCGAACUCAUCCUUCGUUAUCACCCAAGUGGCAUAUAUUCCUUUGAUUUACUUCCUUGGGACCAAGACCUCUCCCGGGGAAUGGAUUACCGAUUGGUUCAUCCUAAGACUAUAAACCAGCCCCGUCCAUCGCAUCGACUCAGUACACAGAUGACUAUAGGUCCGGAUGAGGAAUCAAAGAAUGAUAAUGAUCAUGACGAUGGUCAUGCUUCUGAUGAUGACCUUGAUAAUGAGACACGGCCUUUACUAGAAAAAGAACCGAAGGAACCCCUGACAGACAACCAGGAUAGUUCGAUAGUCAUACUUGCUUCCGAAGAGUGCUCGAGAAGAGUCAAACUUGUUGAGAUUAAAAAUGAACAAUCCAUUGUGGUAUUCUGUAGUGAUCGCCGUCUAGAGCGCUACUCCGAGAAGAACACCGGAAACACGACCGAAAAGGACUCCAAAAACUCCCGGAGAAGACUUGCUUCUGGUGCAUCAAUACCUACGACGAGUCGUGACCCUGAAUCCCAUGCGUCCUCGAAGAAUUUUCUGGCGUCAGUCUCACCUUUCAUCGUCGUUCCAUUAUCGCUAUCAAACCAUUGUACUCAGCUUCAACUCCGCUCAUCACCAUGGUCUUCCAACAUUCUCAUACUUUCAAAGUUCUAUCCAGAUGAAAAACCCCUCUUACCCACAUCUUUCACACUUUUUACAUAUCCAGAGAUCCGCACACCUUACACGUCCCCUAUGAGCACCCAUGACGAAUCUCCUGAAAGUCAAAUCACUCGUACCGUAAAAGAAUUCCAGCGGGUGAUGGUUAACGAGGAUGAAACUGAGGCAGAUACUGCCCAAUGGACAGUUGUCAAAGGGUCGGGCGCAUGGGUCCCUGUGGAUUUGCAUUCGAGUACGCGCGAAUUAUUUGAUCACGCUCAGGAGUUCAUCGAAUUGUCUACUCUAGGAGAUGUGAUGAUUUACACCCAAUCGCUCGAGUGGAAGGAAGGGAUUGGAGGAGCUCCUUCCGAUUUCCGGGUGUCUUCUGAUGUCACAGGGAAUUGGAGCUGUACAUUAGCAUGGUUCGAUGAUCACCCGCGACGAUUGGUGGCCUCAAAGACCAAAAGAGAACCGGGCCGCUUUGAAGUUGCGGAGGACAUGCCAGACCAAUUUCGUGUGAGCAUAACCUGGCAAACAGGUACAUGUGUAUUGACUAGGGAUGAGCAAAAGAGACCCGGCCAAGAAAGUGUAUACAAUUACACACAAACCAUGACAUGUGACGGGAAAGAAGUGGUAUCCAAGUACGAUCUCGGAUCGAAGUACUUUGAGCGUAAAGAGAAACCGGAAAGGACGAUUUUGUGGAGUGUACUCGCUACUAUUAUCCUGAGCCUGGCAAUACUUUCAUAA